UUACAGGUGAAUGGAGCUUGGGAGUUGCCAAGUUUCGUGUGUGAUUUCUACAUCGCAAUGGAUGUGACGUGUUCGACGUCAUCAAUCUUCAAUUUAGUUGCGAUUUCCAUUGAUAGGUACAUCGCAGUGACCCAGCCAAUAAAGUACGCAAAGCACAAGAAUAACAGGAGGGUUUGGCUGACGAUAGUCCUUGUAUGGGUCAUAUCGGUGGCCAUCGGAUCUCCCAUCGUCUUGGGACUCAAUAACACUCCAGACCGGGUGCCCGAUGCGUGUUUAUUUUACAACAGUGAUUUCAUUAUUUACUCGAGCCUUUCGUCAUUCUACAUUCCAUGCUUCAUCAUGAUGUUCCUUUACUACAAUAUUUUUAAGGCAUUACGAAAACGAGCGAUGCAAUCGAGGUUAAACCGGAAGCCGUUGCCCAGCGAAAUCAAACCAGGAUCUGUGAUAGAGAACGUUGCCAGCACCAGAAGAUUGGCGGAAACCGCUCUCGGGCCGACGACCGUUGAAGAGCCAGCGACCAACACUGGAUCAGGAUCGGGUGAUGAAGAUGACGAGCCAGCAGACGAAUGCCAGGUUAUUUCCAACGAUAAAAGCACAGAGUUCAUUUUGGCCACUGUUGUCGAAGAAGCAGCGACACAGCAAAAACUAAAUGAAACAACAAUUGACACACAACGUAAUAAACGUUCGUCCCAGAGGAGGUAAAGUAAUCAUAGGUAUCGUAUUGCCUGUCAACCUGCCCCCAAUAAUAAAACUUGCGUGUAUUCAUAGCAUGGAAAAAAUUUGGAAUUUUUAUGGACUGCACUUUUGCUUUGUUUCUUCGAAGCAAUAGCGAGUUUUCCUGUCACCACGAAAAACCCAAUUAUCCCGAGUCGGAGAAGUUUUUAAUUAAUUCCCGGUACACAUUACCACUAUCAGUGUGGACUAUAUCAUUGUAAUUAAAAUUUAUUCGGAAAGUAGUCAACGCAAACUGUUCCCCAUUUUCCGAGCACCGAGCCGAAAACGAAAAUAAUUCUAUGCCGUUAUAAGAGCAUGUGUUCCAAGUGAGAAUUAAAUUCCUGUUAAGAAUUCUCAUAUUAACUGCCUCUUUGUGCAUUGCAGUAUCGCAACACCCCCAUCCCCAUUUCAAUGGGGGAUUGGUGGCGAAAUCGGGUCUGAAAGCACUUCGGCUGGUGGGCGUUUAGAAAGCGGUGAUUAGAUUUCCAGUUGGAUUUGAUUCGGGGAUGUUAUUAGAUGUAAAAUACGUGUCGGUUCCCCCUAAGGUGAUGAAUUAAUAGAUCACUAAGUUUAUUGUUAUUUGCACGUAACCGUGUCGUUAGUUAAACACGCCGUUAUCCCCGAGACGAACAGGACCGUCACUUCCACAAAGUUUUAAUUGCGACAUUAACUAAUGAAAGCCCUAAUUAAGGUGAUAAUAAGAACAUAUUAUAUAAGCGUAUGUGUGCGUGCGCUCACAGAUACGUAUAAAUGUGCUUCAGAGAGAGAGAGAGAAUGUGUGUGUUUCUGUGUGUUAGAGAAGAAACGAGCAAAAAAGGUUUAAUGAGAUUCAUCAAAAACAAACAAGCCGCCUUCAACCUUCAUUAACAAUUUCGGCACGAAAUUUACAUUUAUAAAAGGUGCCACUGGAAAGUUUAACUUUUUAAUUUAUAUUAUUACAUUUUUUGAUUUAAACUUUUCAGCUCGGAACA